AUGACCACUUUGGCUUACACUUAUUAUGAAUCCCGGAUCACGGGCGCGCAGAGAAUGCGUACGGCAAGCAACCUGGGUACUGGCGACAAUCGUCGGAUCAUGUUCCACUUGAAUUUCGUCCUUCAAUACAUCCACCGGCAUGGCGGUCGGGCACUAGUCCCUCAUGCGGCGCUGCCCGCACUGACCGCUCGGGUUUGGUCCAAUGAGCUUCUCUGGAACAAUGGCCAGUUUAUAUCCAUUAUACUGUCUGCAAUUGGAGUUCUGGUGGAGUAUCAGCCACCGAUCAUCCGACACGUGUACAACCAGGCGGUUUGUAUGACUGCGACCCCCGCCAGCGACGGCGCCAACCUUGCCCAUAUGGAAGUAACCAUCUACGCCGUGACUCACGUGCUCUUGGAAGAAGAAUUAAUGCCGUCGCUCGAGGAAGAAACUUUGCUGGAGCCGGCGACGAAAUCGUCCAUCGAGGCUUUGGAGAGAAUUAGGGUGAAUGAUGGCGAUCCGAUGUGCGUGUGCACCAUCUGCAUUGAGGAGCUCGCGGGCGGGACAGAAGCGACGAAGAUGCCCUGCUCGCAUGUUUAUCACGUGGAUUGCAUCAGGCAGUGGCUGGAGACGAGCCAUUCUUGCCCCUUGUGCCGGUACGCCAUGCCGACGCAGCAGUUGAUGGUCCGACGAUGA